GCCGACGGGCAGGAGGGAGCUGCCACCCCACCCGGCCGCCCCUGUGGCCGCCAGACGCAGCGCUUGGAGCAGUGUUUCGCACAGCGGUUCAGUAUGGAAAAUCGAGAAGAUCUUUAUUCCACUAAAGAUGAUUGUCUUGACGACAUAAUUCUGGAAAAGCAUUUUGUUGAAUCUUCAAGGCUGGCGUCUCCUGUGCAACUUGCUUGUAGCCUGCAUUAUUGUGCAUUCCCUUGGGAUGGAAAUGAACUUUGCAUAUGGAAUACUGAUAUCCCUUCGUAUGAGCCACUGCACUUGAUAGGACACCAUCAAUCAAUCACUGCUGUAGCAUUUGGAAAUAAAGCCAAUCCUCUUCUCAUCUGUUCUGCAUCACAUGACUAUGUCAUAGUGUGGAGCCUGGAUGAGUGUGAAGAGAAAAUAGAACAAGGGUUGCUGCCUCGAGGAACCAUAAUUGGAACUCUUUUAGGAAUGGUACUUCAUUUAAGAUUUAGUCCGGAUGAUCAAAAAGUUGCAGUAUGUGUUGGAAAUCGAAUACUUGUACUAAAUGCUAAGCAUGAAGAGAUAUUAGCUGAAUUGGAAGGUCACCUGAAUCCAGUAACAGCAGUUGAAUUUUGCAUCUGGCAGCCGAACAAGCUAGUAUCAGUAUCUGAAGACAGAAGCUUUAAGGUAUGGGACCACUGCAACGCAGUAUUAAUAUACCAGUCAGCAAUUUUAGCAGCCUCUCCUCUGCUAAGUUUAUUUAUUGAUGAAGAAAAUCAGCAGCUAAUUCUUGGGAGUGGUGUUGGUCAGCUUUGGAUUUUCAGUUUGAUUAAUGAGCAUCAGUAUCGUUGUGUGGUAAACAUUGACCUAAAGAAGAAACACAGGAAUUUCCUCACUAACAGGAUCAAAUCAGGACAGCACGGUCUAUUUGGUGAGAGCCAGUUUUCCUUCCAGAGGGUUCAAGAAGAAGAAAGGGUGGAAGCCACGUUGCCUGUACUUAGGAUGGAACUCUGUGAUCAGUCAUUUAAUUUCAAUGCAGAAUAUGAUUUUUUUCCAGUUGUGAAUGCCAGACGCUUGUGGAUAGGAAGCUCAAAUGGUUUAUAUGUAAUUAACUUGGCAAACUUUGAAGUAGAAGCUGUUUUAAAUUAUAAAGAUUUCAGUAAGCUGAGCAUUAAAGUUGCUGGAUCAUGUGCAAUAAUGAACAAUCCUGUAAAUCAUAAGGUUUUCUGUUUGCUCACCUCGAAGUUGGGACAUCAAAUUUCUAUCCUGGAGAUUGAUUUUCCUUCCUUCAUGAAGUCACAGAAGUAUUGCAGCACAAGAAAGACUAUUUCAAUUAUUCCCAGUUGUGGUCUCUUACCUACUUCUCCCCUGUGUGUUGGAACUGCUAAAAAGAAAACCAUCCAGCCAGGCAGCCAAAAAAAAUCUGAUGCAAAGAAGAAAAUAAAAGACCAACCUUUGGUUUUUCACAAUAAAGUUCAAUCAUCGGGUUAUCUGUCCUUGCCACGAAGAACUAUGUUUUCACCAAAAAUUAACAGAAGUAAAGAUAAUGGAAAAUCUUCAAAACCAAGAACCAGUUGCCAGUGGAAAGAAUAUUCAUUGGAGAGUUCAGCUCCAACCGAGACUAGCAGACAGAUACCUGUAGACCAUAAACCAACAGCUAUAUACUCCAUUCAGUAUUCAGGAGAUGGUCAGCAUUUGGCUUGUGGGUUGGCUAAUCAGUCCUUACUGGUAUUUGAUUCCAAUCUUUCUAAAACUCCAGCUGUAUUUUCAGGUCAUGAUGGAGCAGUGAUUUCAGUUGGCUGGAGUCAUGACAGGAAGUGGUUAGUUUCUGCUUCUGAAGACAGGACAAUGCGGAUCUGGUCAGUUCGGAAUACAAAACCUGCAUUAUUUUUGGGCAAGGACAGGUUUUGUAAGCCUAUAAGCUUUGCACAGUUUUAUUAUAUGGAUAAUUUUAUAUUGAUGUCUUCUGGGGUAGAAAUUCAGCUCCUAAAAUACCAUAUUGACACUUGUAAGGAUGAGAUAAAAAGGUACCAACAGAAGAGCAUGUGCAAAUCAAUUCAGAAGUUCCACAUGACUUCUCCAGUGGAGAUUACCAGUCUGUCUGCCGUGAACGAUUUCUAUUCUCACAUUGUACUGGGAGCUGGCACUAAUAGAGCAUUGGAAGUUUUUGAUCUAAAUGUAGGUUGUAGUGCAGCAAUUAUACCAGAUCUUCAUUCAAGACCAGUCCACCAGAUCUGCCAAAAUAAGGGAUCAGCAUUUGCUACACAGCAAAGUGAGGCAUACAAUCUUUUUCUCACUACGGCCGUUGGUGAUGGAAUAAAACUGUGGGACUUAAGAACAUUAAGGUGCGAGCGCCAUUUUGAAGGACAUCUAAACCGUUGCCACCCAUGUGGAAUUACAUUGAGUCCCUGUGGACGAUUCAUAGCCUGUGGAUCUGAGGACAGAUGUGUUUACUUGUAUGAGAUGCGCUCAAGUACCUUUUGUCAUAAAUUAGCAGGCCACACUGAAACCGUCAUCCAAGUGGCUUUUAGCCCAUCAACUCCCCAGCUUACCACAGGCACCUUGGAUGGCAACCUCCAGUUGUUCCUACCUACCGCCGGCUUGUCUGUGAACCCUGGCCAGGAUGCUUCGAAAGAAUAACUCGCUGGGAGUGAGGCAGAGCCAUUCACCAGGAAUUGGGCAAGUUGGCAGAAGAUUUUUUUAGUUGCCUCAUGACCUUUUUGCCCUUAGGUGUGUCUCUUAGGCUCUCUGUUUCCCUCCAAGAUCACAGGUGACUCCAGUCUCAGAAAGUGAUGCCUGUCAAACUGGGAAAAUACAAGUGACAGAAUAUGCAAAAGCAGUUAAUAACUUGUCCUGUGAUUUGGAAUCUUUUAAAAUGGAAAUUGCACAAAUGCUAAACCCAACUAAGUCAUUUAGAUUCUGUAAAAGAUUACACACUUUUCCUUCUAAUGGCAACGUAAAAUUGAAUAUUGACCGCUGGGUCAGCUUGCUGGGGAAGACUUAAUUUUUUCUCCAUAAAAACCGUCAAUCUCUGCUUUCCUUCUUUUAAAUCUGCUCUUAUCCUUUCUCUUUUAAAAAUGAAAAUGUGAAUAGCUGUUAGGAGAGAUGCUGCUUAGGGAUAAAAUGAACAGUUCAAUUUUGGUGUUCCAGAGGUGCAUUAUUCUUUUCUGUUAACCUCUUGGUACCCUCAGUGUCAGGUUUGGUUUUCAAAAAUAAACUGGAAUUAUUCUUGA